CCCAAAGCUCAGUGACAUGGCAUGCAGGCAGCUGCACAAUGCAAGGAGCACUCAAAGCACAUGAAGACUCAGCCCCUGUGAAGCUGAGGUACGUGGCAUCUAAGUCCCCACUCCCUAUUUUUUUCCCCUUUCAGAGACGGGUACCACGUCACUCCUUUUUCCUGUUUUCUGAAAACUUAUCCAUCCCCUAACAUUUCUCAGUGUCACAGUCAGUUAUCUUCAGUCCUGCCAGUCUAGUCACAUUUUCCUUCAUCCUGCCUAAGCAUACUCCUCUGUCACUCCUGCCAGCAGCAUUUAAUGGUGUGACAGCAGACACUCUCCUCAGCACAGGCCGAGAGAAGGAAUACACGGAGCAUCUGAGUUUUGGCAUCUCCUGCUGCCCCGUGUCAGCGGGACCAUGGGCCACAUGGACUGUUCAGCAUCCUCCUACUGACACCUUCAUUUUCUUGUGAUCCUCCAUGGGUUUUUUUGCUAGUUACAUCUCAUCUCAUCCUCAUCUCAUCUAUCUCAUCUCAUCUCAUCUCAUCUCAUCUCAUCUCAUCUCAUCUCAUCUCAUCUCAUCUCAUCUCAUCUCAUCUUGUCCUUUGGCUUUCCUGAUUAUUUUUGCUAUUAUUUUAUGUUCAUCCUAGGCUUUUGACCUAGUUUCAACUUUUUUGCACUUCCUUCUGAAGUUCCAGGUCAUUAUCUGGACUACUGCCUUUCACUCAGUGCUGGGGUACUGGUCCUUUGUGCCCUCUGGCUUCAUUAAAGCCCUGCCAGGUUUUCAGAAUGCAUUUUGUUAGACCUGACCUCCAGCUCCCUGAAUUCACUUUGAAUUGCUUCCCACUCUCACACUCCCAGUUGCUUCCUCUGAUGUACGGGGGAAGGUCUGGGGGAGCCCCCCCCGGGGGCUGCUCCCUGUGUGCUUCCAGCCCAAAGCCCCUGGGUGCCCAAGCUCCAUCCUGCACCAGCAGCCACAUCCCGGUGCCACCAACCGCAGGGGACAUCAGGCUGCGCGGAGCUGCAGCGAGCCUUCAGUGAGGGGACAAGGACAGUGCCCCUGGGCAGCACCUUUCUGUCCCUUUUCUUUCCCAAGUGUGGACACAGUGUAUCUGGUACUGAGUGCUGCUGUCCAGAGGGCAGAACCAGCUGUACCGAGGGCAAGCCCAGCAACUUUUUCCUCUUCUGUUUGUUCGUGAUGAGCUGCACCCUCUAAUUCCUAGGCUGGUCCCUAUUUACUCUACAGAGUGUGCUGUGGCAGUUGGGUCAGCAUUUCAGGUGUCCACAAAGUCCUCCUCUGCAGCCAUCUGUGCCCGUGUCACGGACUAUAGCACCCAGUCUUGCAGGAUCUAGGGCCAGUGCUCCAUCUCUUCCCACCCCAGGGUGUGGGAUGGGGCCUCUGGCGGGUCUGGGAGCUGAGAGCUCUUUGCAGGAUGUGACAGCACAGAAGGAGUCAGCCUCUUUUCCCAGGUAGCAGCAAUAGGACAAGAGGUGACAGCCUUAAGUUGCACCAGGAGAGGUUCGGGUUGGAUAUUCGGAACAAUUUCUUCACGGAAAGAGCAGUCGGGCACUGGCACAGGCUGCCCAGGCUGUGGUGGAGUCACCGUCCCUGAAGGUGUUCAAGAACCGUGGAGAUGUGCCACUGAGGGACGUGGUCAGCGGGCACGGUGGGGGUGGGCCGGGGUUGGACCUGGGGAUCUUGGAGGGCUUCUCCAACCUCAGCGAUUCUGGGAUUCUACGAUUCUACGAAGAGCCAGGCGCUGCAGGGCUGCUCUCCCGGCUCCGUCGGGCGCGGUGAUCUGCCGGCCGCAUUCCCGCAGCCUCAGCCCGGCUCUGUUCGGGACGGCGCUGCUCCCAGCCCGGCCCCACGCACCCUCAGCAUCCAGAGAGGCAGCCGGCGGGACCAGCCGCGGGGACACGGCAGCUGAGGGCGCAGGCUGCAGCCGCGACGAAGCAUCGGCCCGAGGGUCCGCCCGGAGCCCCGCCGGGCGGGAUGCGCCGCUAGCACCGCAACGGGGAGCGGGGCACUCGCACACGGCGCUGGUGUUAGCGCGGAGCGUGCGUCACCGCGCGGGGAAAGUACAGAGCGCUCGCAGCCGCAGGCACACACGCGCUGAGGCUCUCUGCGCACACGCGCGCCCACGUACGCGCCGUCCACGCGCACUGCGCCUCUCGGCCCCUCCCGCGCGUCCCCGACACGUGCGCGCCCCGCCCCGCCCCGCCCCGCCUCUCUACCCAGGAGCGGCGGCGGAAGCGCGGGGAGCGGCGGCGCGGGAUGGAGCCGCCGGCCAAGGAAGGGCCGCUCUUCGUGCAGCACAGCAACAAGUUCGGCACCAAGCGAUGGAAGCGGGGCUGGUUCGCGCUGUUCCCGGCCAGCCAGCACGGCGUCGCCCGCUUGGAGUUCUUCGAUUGCAAAGAGGCGGCGGGACCGGGCGGGCGGCUGGGGACGCGGCGCCUGGACAAGACGGUGGUGCGCCUGGCGGACUGCACCAGCGUGGCCCCCGCGCCCAACGAGAGCGGCCCCCGAGCCGGCACCGCCGCCUUCCGCCUGGAGACCAGCGGCCGCAGCUACCUCCUGGCGGCCGAGCAGCAGCAGCAAAGCGAGGAGUGGGUGGCCAAGCUGUGCGAGAUCGCCUUCCCGGGGAAUGGCCCCAGAAAUGCUGCGGUCCAGCGUGGUGGAGAGGGCAGCGCGGAGGCACCAGUCCUGGAGAUGGCCGUGAACUCAAUCUACUAUUCGAGAGAUGAAGUGAAUGCCUUCUGGGUGACCGUGCAGCGGACUGAGGCUGCAGAGCGGUGUGAGCUGCGCGGUUCCUACGUGCUCAAGGCUGAGCGUGACAGCCUCAUCCUGAAGGACCCACGGACCAACGAGACCCUCUACGUCUGGCCCUAUCGGCUGCUCCGGAGAUACGGCCGGGACAAGGUGAUGUUUUCCUUUGAAGCUGGCAGGCGCUGUGAUUCUGGACCGGGGAACUUCACCUUCGAGACCAAGCAGGGCAAUGAGAUCUUCCGCUUGGUGGAAGCCUCCAUCCGGGAACAGAAAGCUCAGGUGGAGGAGAACCAGCAGAGCUGCGACUCGCUGGAAUCUGACAGCCCCAGUGUGGUGCUGAUCCGCCAGGCCCUGGCUGACUCAUUGAGCCUGGAGCUGCCCACAGAAGAGGAUGAUGCUGCAGCACCCAAGGCAGGGCUGGCACCCUGGCCUUCUGCUGCAGCAGAGGAGAGAGAUGCGAUAUCACUGUUGAAGACUCGGAUGCUGCCAGAGCCACCUGUGCCGCAGGCCAAGCCCCCCGUCACCAGCACCCCUCCACGCUCCCCUCUGCCCAAGGUGCCGCGGGCUGUCCUGCCAGACAAGGAUCCCUCCAGCCUCUACUCAGAGCCUCUGGACUCGGUGAAGAGCUUCCGACCCUGGCCGGACCCGCUGUAUGCAGACCCCAUUGACAGCAAGGCCGCGGGUGCUGUGGACGGGGUGAAGCUCCGGGUGCCGUUCUCAGGUACCUGUGAGCAGGUGCGGGCCGAGGGCUGCGGCCCAGUGCGGAAGGAGCACAUCUACGACGAGCCUGAGGGCUGCGCACCCCGCGUGCUGCCAGCCACCGCCAGCAUCUACGACGAGGCACGGCCCAUUGGUGAGGCCUGGCGCACGCAGGGCCACAACGGCAAGGGCGGCUACGAGUACCCUUACAACCCCAGUACUGAUGACUAUUCAGUUCCUACCUUCAAGGCCAAGGGCCCCAAGCCAGUGCCUGCCCCCAAGCCCCCGGCAAUGUUAAUCUACAAAUGUGCCGAAAGAAGUGAGGACCCUAGCAGGCGGCGAGGGAAUCUUGCUCCUGAGAAGGCGGCCAUCAAACCUGGCCUGAACAGCAGCAACAACAACAACACGGAGGUGCUGUACUGCCGGGUGAUGAAGCCCCAGAUUGGGCAGAGGAAGGAGCAGUGUGUGGAUGAGUAUAGCUUGUCGCCUGUCUAUGAGGACCUAGGAGAGAUAUAACGUGCUGCUGCUCUGCACCUGCGUGGGGGGACUUUGGGGCCCAAACCCAAGAAGGAGUGGCACAGGUGUCUGUGCUCCAUGGCCUGAUAUGGGGCUGGGCGCUGUGUGGGAUGGGGCAGAGCCGCUCCUACUCGUCAGCUCUGAGGGGCUGUGUCUCCUUGGGGCUGUCUUGCACACCCAGGGUCCGGGUGCUGCACUGGUGCCGGUGCUGCUUGGCUCCAGAGCCAGCCUGACUGACACCUAGUGGGGCACGAGGGUGGGCUCUGCACUGUGCCUGCUGCUUUGACUCCAGAGGCUUUGGCUGUGCUCUGCCUUCUUCUCUGGGCCAGCCACGGGGCUGAGAUGCUCACUGCAGUGCCUGGGGGGCUGCUUGCCUUCAGUCUCCAAAAGUAUUUUUAUACAAAAUUAUUUUGAUAUUAAAAUCUCUGUGUCUCGUGAUGAA